UUUCAAACAUCAUGCCUCCCACUAUUAUCAACCUUUCUCUUACAAUCUCCUGUGUAACGUCCAAAUCCAAAUCAUAGUACUCUAUAUUUAGGAACAAAAGUCAUUCACCUCUCUCAUUUUCCACCCCUUCAACUUCAGACCACUCAAUCCCUCCUCCAAUUCAAGAAUUUCCACCCAAAAAUCAAGGGGAUUUGAUAACCCCCCCCCCCCCCUCUUUUCUUUUCCUUUUUUCUCCCAACAUCCAUUUCCUCUUCAAAGCACCAAUUUGUUCCUUUUUCCCAGAAUAUCUCCUCUUCUCCUUCUCAUUAUUGGUUUCUAAUCCACAGCAAGAAACUGUAGAGAGAUCUGUCCUUUUUCCUUUCCUCUGAUGGUCAGAUUUGGAAAAUUUGGGUUGUUCAAAGAAGAGAAUUGGCCUUUCAAAGAAGAACUUAAAUGCAAAACUCAAAUGUGGGUUUUUUGUGGUAUGUUUUCAUGAUUUCCUUUUCCUUAUCAAAUCCUUAGAUACCCAUCUCCAAAAGGAACCAAAAUUUAUAUUUUCAUCAUCAAAUUUCAAGUUUUUCAAGCCUUCAUAGUUGACCAUUUCAUGGUUUCACCCCUUUGCGGAUUUCCAAUUUGACACUUCCCCAAAUUUGUUCAUCCCCCUAUAUCUUGAACAAUGUACAAAACCCAGAGCAGAAGAGACCUGCCCUUGGAAUUUCAGGCCCACAUCCCCAUAUUGAGGCCAAGCAUUCAUGCCAGAAGGGCAAACUUGACUGUAAAAUUCCAAGAUCUUUAUGGGUUUACUGUAGAAGGCAAUGUUGAUGAUGUUAACAUAUUGAAUGAGGUUCGAGAAAAGGUGAGGCAACAGGGUAGGGUUUGGUGGGCAUUAGAAGCCAGCAAAGGGGCCAAUUGGUAUUUGCAAACUCAGGAUUUACAAGCCCUUAAAUCUUCUCAAAUAUUUUCAGCUUUAGGUAAUGCAAUUACCCUCAAAAAACUCAUUAGGAAAGGGAUUCCACCAGUUUUAAGGCCUAAGGUGUGGUUUUCGCUGUCCGGGGCGGCUAAGAAGAAGUCUACCGUGCCGGAGAGCUAUUACGAUGAUUUGAGUAAGGCUGUUGAGGGUAAGGUCACACCGGCAACGCAUCAGAUCGAUCAUGAUUUAAACCGAACUUUUCCGGGUCACCCAUGGUUGGACACUCCAGAGGGUCAUGCCACUCUUAAACGUGUUCUUGUGGCAUAUUCUUUCCGUGAUUCUGAUGUUGGUUAUUGUCAGGGUUUAAAUUAUGUUGCAGCACUGUUGCUGCUUGUGAUGAAAACGGAAGAAGAUGCCUUUUGGAUGCUAGCUGUUCUCCUGGAAAAUGUCUUGGUUCGUGAUUGCUACAACACUAAUUUAUCAGGGUGCCAUGUUGAGCAAAGGGUUUUUAAAGAUCUUCUAGUUAAAAAAUGCCCAAGGAUUGCCGCUCAUUUGGAAGAUUUGGAGUUUGAUGUCUCCCUUGUCGCCACUGAGUGGUUCCUGUGCCUCUUUUCUAAAAGCUUGCCUUCAGAGACAACUUUGAGAGUGUGGGAUGUACUUUUCUAUGAAGGAGCGAAGGUUCUGUUUCAUGUAGCUUUGGCUAUUUUCAAGAUGAAGGAAGAAGAGUUGCUCACGGCUAAUCAUGUCGGGGAGGUAAUUAAUAUAUUGCAGAAGACCACUCAUGACCUCUUUGAUCCUGAUGAAUUAUUGACGGUUGCUUUCGAUAAGAUUGGCUCGAUGACAACCACAACUAUAUCGAAGCAAAGGAAGAAGCAAGAACCGGCAGUCAUGGCGGAGCUUGAUCAGAGAUUAAGACGGUUAAAUUCAUUGCAGGAAGAUUACAAUUAGUUGGAGAACUGUAAUAUCUCACACGUCGUACUUUUCCCUCCCUCUCUGAAAGGAACCUGAGCAAGAGAGUACCUCUUGUUUGGUGUUGUAUGUAGCAAAUGUAAAUUUUCCAUGGUUCAUGUUGCCGUUAAAUCGCAGUGGUAUCGGACAUCGCUCUUGCUUGUGCUCUUUUCACUGUAAUGCUAAAUCCAUCUUGAAAACUACAGCAAUACUCGGUUGAUUGUGAACCCCGAGUGUUUUGAGCAAAUUUCCCAGCUUUCUAAA